AUGAGGGGUAUCCCCACCCCAGAGGAGGAGGAGGAAGGUGGUGGCUCCUUCGCUGCUCCUCUUCCUCUCCAGGGAAAGAGCGUCCUGAACGGGAGGAGAGCCCAGGAGCUGCCGGACAGCCCCAGGGAAGAGGGUGUGGAGCAUCCCCCGGGAACCACUGCCAGCUGCCCCCCGGCCCAGCCCUGCCCACCACAGAGGGACAGCAACCUCGUCACCGCCCUGGUGGGGCUGUGCAGGAGCAAGAAGAGCCGUGUGGCGCUGAAGGCUCGGGAGAACCUGCUGGUGCUGGCGGGGCUGGCCCAGGAGGCGGCUGCUGCCUGCCUGGUGAGGAGCAGUGCCCUGUGCCCGCUGCUCACGGGGCACCUCUGCGAGCUGUACAGCGCCGUGCCCCCCGGCACCGACCCCGCCGACGUCCUCGCCAUGGACAGGCCCAGCUGGAGGUCGCAGGGGGACGCUGCCGGUGACGGGGUUUUCCCGGGGAAGGAGAGCCUGGCUGCCUUCCUGUGCUGGCUGGACUACCUGGAUGAGCUGGUGAUGGGAGCCCACCCGCUCGUGGCCGACGCCAUCACCGAGGCCGUGGAGGAGAAGUUUUUCCAGGGCGUCCUGCAGCCACAGCUCCUGCAGAUGUCGGAGCUCGCCGUCCUGGGCGCCACGGCCGUGCUGGCGGGGACGGUGCGGCAGAUCCGCGCCCCUGCCCUGCUCCAGCGCCUCGUGCUCUUCCUGCUGGGGCCACACCGGCACCCCGAGACCCCCGGGGACGCCCCCCACGCCCUGCGAGCGCAGCUCAUCGACCGCUGCGACCACCUCUCCGACGAGAUCAGCCUGGCCAGCCUGCGGCUCUUCGAGGAGCUCCUGAGGAAGCCCCACGAGCACGUGGCUCACAACCUGGUGCUGAGGAACCUGGAGGCCAGGGCGUACCUGCAGCGACAGGAGCGCGGACCCCCCGAGGCGGACCCCGAGGAGGACGGGCUGGAGCUGGAGGAGGAUCCCUAUUUCACCGACGGAUUCCCAGACACCGGCUUUGGGACAGCAAAUAACCCUCCCCCGGGCUCGGCCCCAGCAGGGAAGGGGCAAGUGAGCGAGGUGGUCAGCAGCUUCCUCUGCCUGGUGCCGGAGGAGGCAAAGACCUCCUCGUGCAUGGAGGAGGGCGGCUACGACACCUACGUGCACGAUGCCCUGGGCAUGCGGGAGCCCAGCGUGGACCUGCUGGAAGCCUUCACGGAGCACUGGAAGGGCAUCACCGGCUACUACCUGGAGGCCACAGGCCGGGAGCGGAAGGAGCAGCUGCCGGCUCUCCAUCCUCACAUUGCCAUCUAG